AACUUCUGUGUCAACUUCCACUAGAAAGAAAAUGGACAGAGGGAGACAAGUGCAGGGAAUAAAUGAGAAACCACAACAGCCGGAAAACACUGAGUCCAAUAAAGAAGGGGAGGAGAGUGUGAAGAGAGAAGGAGAUGGACAAUCCGGCAAAGACACUGAGAGGACAGACUUUGUGGGGAUCAGCCCGACUUCUGUGUCAACUUCCACUAGAAAGAAAAUGGAAAAGGGGAUACAAGUGCAGGGAAGUAAUGAGAAACCACAACAGCCGGAAAACACUGAGCUCAAGUCCAAUAAAGAAGGGGAGGAGGACGCAGAGAAGCAUGUGCAGAGAGAAGGAGAUGGACAAUCUGGCCAAGCCACUGAGAGGCCAGACUUUGUGGGGAUCAGCCCGACUUCUGUGUCAACUUCAACGAGAAAGAAAGAAAUGGAAAGAGGGAUACAAGUGCAGGGAAGUAAUGAGAAACCACAACAGCCGGAAAACACUGAGCUCAAGUCCACUAAAGAAGGGGAGAAGAGUGUGCAGAGAGAAGGAGAUGGACAAUCCGGCAAAGACACUGAGAGGACAGACUUUGUGGGGAUCAGCACAACUUCUGUGUCCACUUCCACUAGAAAGGAAAUGGAAAAUGGGAUACAAGUGCAGGGAAGUAAUGAGAAACCACAACAGCCGGAAAACACUGAGUCCAAUAAAGAAGGGGAGGAGGACGCAGAAAAGCAUGUGCAGAGAGAAGGAGAUGGACAAUCCGGCAAAGACACUGACAGGACAGACUUUGUGGGGAUCAGCCCGACUUCUGUGUCAACUUCCACUAGAAAGAAAAUGGACAGGGGGAGACAAGUGCAGGGAAGUAAUGAGAAACCACAACAGCCGGAAAACAUUGAGCUCAAGUCCAAUAAAGAAGAGGAGGAGAGUGUGCAGAGAGAAGGAGAUGGACAAUCUGGCAAAGACACUGAGAGGACAGACUUUGUGGGGAUCAGCCCGACUUCUGUGUCAACUUCCACUAGAAAGAAAAUGGAAAGGGGGAGACAAGUGCAGGGAAGUAAUGAGAAACCACAACAGCCGGAAAACACAGAGCUCAAGUCCACUAAAGAAGGGGAGGAGAGUGUGCAGAGAGAAGGAGAUGGACAAUCCGGCAAAGACACUGACAGGACAGACUUUGUGGGGAUCAGCACGACUUCUGUGUCAGCUUCCACUAGAAAGAAAAUGGACGGGGGGAAGCCAGUGCAGGGAAGUAAUGAGAAACCACAACAGCCGGAAAACACUGAGUCCAAUAAAGAAGGGGAGGAGGACGCAGAAAAGCAUGUGCAGAGAGAAGGAGAUGGACAAUCCGGCAAAGUGCAGGGAAGUAAUGAGAAACCACAACAGCCGGAAAACACUCAGCUCAAGUCCACUAAAGAAGGGGAGGAGAUUGUGCAGAGAGAAGGAGAUGGACAAUCCGCCAAAGACACUAAGGGGACAGAUUUUGUGGGGAUCAGCCCGUCUUCUGUGUCAACUUCCACUAGAAAGAAAAUGGACAGAGGGAGACAAGUGCAGGGAAGAAAUGAGAAACCACAACAGCCGGAAAACACAAAGCUCAAGUCCACUAAAGAAGGGGAGAAGAGUGUGCAGAGAGAAGGAGAUGGACAAUCCGGCAAAGACACUGAGAGGACAGACUUUGUGGGGAUCAGCCCGACUUCUGUGUCCACUUCCACUAGAAAGGAAAUGGAAAAUGGGAUACAAGUGCAGGGAAGUAAUGAGAAACCACAACAGCCGGAAAACACUGAGCUCAAGUCCAAUAAAGAAGAGGAGGAGAGUGUGCAGAGAGAAGCAGAUGGACAAUCUGGCAAAGACACUGAGAGGACAGAUUUUGUGGGGAUCAGCCCGACUUCUGCGUCAACUUCCACUAGAAAGAAAAUGGAAAGGGGGAGACAAGUGCAGGGAAGUAAUGAGAAACCACAACAGCCGGAAAACACAGAGCUCAAGUCCACUAAAGAAGGGGAGGAGAGUGUGCAGAGAGAAGGAGAUGGACAAUCCGGCAAAGACACUGACAGGACAGACUUUGUGGGGAUCAGCACGACUUCUGUGUCAACUUCCACUAGACAGAAAAUGGACGGGGGGAAGCCAGUGCAGGGAAGUAAUGAGAAACCACAACAGCCGGAAAACACUGAGUCCAAUAAAGAAGGGGAGGAGGACGCAGAAAAGCAUGUGCAGAGAGAAGGAGAUGGACAAUCCGACAAAGACACUGACAGGACAAACUUUGUGGGGAUCAGCCCGACUUCUGUGUCAACUUCCACUAGAAAGAAAAUGGACGGGGGGAGGCAAGUGCAGGGAAGUAAUGAGAAACAGCCGGAAAACACUGAGCUCAAGUCCACUAAAGAAGGGGAGGAGGACGGAGAGAAGCAUGUGCAGAGAGAAGGAGAUGGACAAUCCGGCAAAGACACUGAGAGGACAGACUUUGUGGGAACCAGCCCGACUUCUGUGUCAACUUCCACUAGAAAGGAAAUGGAAAGUGGGAGACAAGUGCAGGGAAGUAAUGAGAAACCACAACAGCCGGAAAACACUGAGUCCAAUAAAGAAGGGGAGGAGGACGCAGAAAAGCAUGUGCAGAGAGAAGGAGAUGGACAAUCCGGCAAAGUGCAGGGAAGUAAUGAGAAACCACAACAGCCGGAAAACACUGAGCUCAAGUCCAAUAAAGAAGAGGAGGAGAGUGUGCAGAGAGAAGCAGAUGGACAAUCUGGCAAAGACACUGAGAGGACAGAUUUUGUGGGGAUCAGCCCGACUUCUGCGUCAACUUCCACUAGAAAGAAAAUGGAAAGGGGGAGACAAGUGCAGGGAAGUAAUGAGAAACCACAACAGCCGGAAAACACAGAGCUCAAGUCCACUAAAGAAGGGGAGGAGAGUGUGCAGAGAGAAGGAGAUGGACAAUCCGGCAAAGACACUGACAGGACAGACUUUGUGGGGAUCAGCACGACUUCUGUGUCAACUUCCACUAGACAGAAAAUGGACGGGGGGAAGCCAGUGCAGGGAAGUAAUGAGAAACCACAACAGCCGGAAAACACUGAGUCCAAUAAAGAAGGGGAGGAGGACGCAGAAAAGCAUGUGCAGAGAGAAGGAGAUGGACAAUCCGACAAAGACACUGACAGGACAAACUUUGUGGGGAUCAGCCCGACUUCUGUGUCAACUUCCACUAGAAAGAAAAUGGACGGGGGGAGGCAAGUGCAGGGAAGUAAUGAGAAACAGCCGGAAAACACUGAGCUCAAGUCCACUAAAGAAGGGGAGGAGGACGGAGAGAAGCAUGUGCAGAGAGAAGGAGAUGGACAAUCCGGCAAAGACACUGAGAGGACAGACUUUGUGGGAACCAGCCCGACUUCUGUGUCAACUUCCACUAGAAAGGAAAUGGAAAGUGGGAGACAAGUGCAGGGAAGUAAUGAGAAACCACAACAGCCGGAAAACACUGAGUCCAAUAAAGAAGGGGAGGAGGACGCAGAAAAGCAUGUGCAGAGAGAAGGAGAUGGACAAUCCGGCAAAGUGCAGGGAAGUAAUGAGAAACCACAACAGCCGGAAAACACUGAGCUCAAGUCCACUAAAGAAGGGGAGGAGAGUGUGCAGAGAGAAGGAGAUGGACAAUCCGUCAAAGACACUAAGGGGACAGAUUUUGUGAGGAUCAGCCCAACUGUUCAUUACAUCCAAUUUAUUUAUCCACGAGAGACCAAAUCAGCUUCAGUUGCACCUAACAUGACCGGGGUGAGUAAGCCUGCGUCCACAUCCGCAAGCAGUCUUCUGGAUAAUCCAAGGAAAGACGUAACCUCAACUACCACAUUCAUUUCUCGUCACGACCCCCUCGCAACUAUCUCCCCCGAAGCCACGGGGCACAGCAGGUGGCCGGCCAAACCUGCCGUGAAGCAUCUACCGGGCCUGAAACCUAAGCCUGGGGGGAAACAUAAAUCCAGCCACGACAAGUCAAAGGAAUCCCAGCAUGACCGUAAACCGGACAUUAAACCAAAACAGGAGCAAAAGCUGAAAAAGAAACCUGUCAUUGACACGAAAAGGAUCCAAAUCCAAAGACCUGGUCAUAGAGCAGGUAACCGAACAAGCGAUCAAAACCUAAAAAUUCUAAAACCCACACAUGUUCAAAACAGGACAACUCAACCCCACCGGGUACCAACUGGUGCAGACUAUCAACGACCUGCCACAGGUAAAGAACCAGAUCCCUCCAAACCCCAAAAGAGACCUGUUCACCCGAAGCCAAAACCUGACAAAAGUCCCAAAAGUGACACAAAAGAUAAAUCAAACCAACAUUUGGCAUCUAAACCAGAGCCAGAUUCAGGGAAAAUAUCUGGAGGGAAGGAAUCAAUUCAUCCAGAGUCUUAUUCCGAGUCAGAUGACCCACCAGGACCUGUAUCCAUGGCUAAUCCUAAUCAAAGACUGAAACCCAGCCAGAAACUAUUUCAUUAUAUUGCAGAGCAGGUGCCAAGACCUAACCAAAAACAGCCCAAGUCUGACAUGAAGCCGAAAGCUGGCCCGGCACUUCAACCCAAUCAGGGGCUUAAAGAGCCUCGGUCGAACGUCACACUUGAGCUUGACCGCCAAUCUGGGUCUGAUCAAAGUCCUGCUACACAAUCCAAGGGGGAAAGACCAUCAAGUAGACCACCAGUGGAUCCAGGAACAGCCACCCCCAAACCCCACUAUCAUAUUGAUCAGACUGUGGACCUGCAGCCUACAUCUAGUCCGGUGCAGCAGAUCACUGAUAUGACUCAUUCCCCAGAGUUCAAACGCGGCACCGUGGAUCCAAACACCGUCCACCCGGUGAGUCCAAACAGCAGGCCGGCGUCUGAUCCGGCGCCACAAACAACCAGUCACCCGCCAUCGAUACCAACGUCAACAACCCCAGUCACGCACCAGCGUGUGAUUCUUAACACAAAUCCAGCUUCCUCCGGGCCAAAGUCCACAUUACGUCACUCGGCAGAGGAGCAAGGCUCUAUCUCCAUCUCAACAACACCCGCCCCAGGCACCGACCCUGACCUGCUGGCCCCGGGGGCGGAGUCGUCAACAUCCAGCGCACGUGAGCUGCGCGUGAAAAUAAACCAGGUGGCGGCCGCAUUCUUCAACCGCAGCCUGGGUCCUCAUGGGAGACCACCAGUUAGGCCUCCUAAGGAGCUGCCUGAGGACCGGGAGAGUGGACGCAGGACCGCGGGCGGGUCCCCUCUGCUGACACCAUCUCAGGGCGCACUUCCCACGGCGAGGGACUGCUCGGACCUCCUCGCACAGGCGGCGGCGGCGGUAAAGAGCGGGGUCUACCGGGUGACCCCGGACGUCCGCCACGGCGCCUUCCCGGUCCUCUGCGACAUGGAGCUCCGCGGCGGGGGUUGGACCCUCCUGCAGCUGCGGCGGGACGGCAGCGUCAGCUUCAACCGCAGCUGGGCCGAGUACAGGUCCGGCUUCGGGGAUCUCCUCCGGGGAGGGGAGUUCUGGCUGGGGAACCAACACAUCCACCUGCUGACCCGCGACCGGGACAUGACGCUGCGGGUGGAGCUGCGGGACUUCUCCGGGGUGGCGGGCUACGCCGAGUACAGCCGCUUCAAGGUGGCGAGCGAAAGGACGCGCUUCCGGCUGACAGUGGGGGGCUACUCCGGCACGGCGGGGGACGCCCUGGUCUUCAGCGCCAGCUACAACCACAGCAACCGGGCCUUCACCACCCCGGACCGGGACAACGACCGCUACCCCUCGGGGAACUGCGGCGCCUACUACGGCUCCGGGUGGUGGUUUGACGCGUGCAUGGCGGCCAACCUGAACGGGAGGUACUAUUUGGAGAAGUACAAGGGGGUCCGGAACGGCAUCUACUGGGGCACCUGGCACAAUAUCUCCACAGAGCUGUAUCCCACCAAUGAAAGACGGUCUUUUAAAACAGUCCGGAUGAUGAUCAGACCAAAGGACUUUACGCCGUGAAGAAAGGGACAAGCGGUAGAAAAUGGAUGGAGUUCAAACUAAUAGAAGGUGAACUUCAACUCCAUAAUAGAGUCCAAUGCUCCCCUCUAGUGGACAUAUGGGAUUCUGCAGUAUGAUAAUGUUGAUCAUUGAGGAUGUACAUAGUGUUUAUAUUAUAGGACCUUUUUUUUA